UGUGUGAAAGUGUCAAGUAACCAGGGACAACAGCAGAAGCGGAGCUAUUAGGGAGGCAGGCGGUGGGCAGGCGCAUCGGCUUCUCAUACUGCGGGGGGAAAGCACGGAGUUCCAGGGCAGAUCAGGGCCUGUGGGCCACACAAGCUGCCGCUGCUGCCUUCAGCCUCACCCUUUGUCAGGGGCAGAAAAGAGAGAGAGAGAGAGGGGGAAGAGUGUAACCCGAGCCGCAGACACAAUAGGGGAUCGCGCACACUCACACACUCACACACUCACACACUCACACACUCACACUCGCACACUCGCAUACACCCAGACGCCGUCUGCUCCGGUCUGGAGACGUCUCUCUAGCUGCAGGGUGUCUCUCGUUGAAGAUCCCUGAGGUCUGGGGGUGGGGGAGGCUGGGAGGGCCCGGAGGCUUCGAUACAUGAAUUAACCAUUAAGGAGAAGAAAAAGAAGAAGAGAAUAAAAGAAGAAUUCGGAUAAAAGAAUGGGGAAAUCCAACAGCAAACUGAAGCCGGAGGUGGUGGAGGAGCUGACCAGGAAAACAUACUUUACGGAGAAGGAGGUGCAGCAGUGGUACAAAGGCUUCAUCAAAGACUGUCCCAGUGGUCAGCUGGAUGCUGCCGGGUUCCAGAAGAUUUACAAACAGUUCUUCCCGUUUGGAGACCCUACAAAAUUUGCAACGUUUGUUUUCAACGUUUUUGAUGAAAAUAAAGAUGGACGUAUUGAGUUUGCAGAGUUUAUCCAGGCUUUGUCUGUCACUUCCCGUGGAACGCUAGAUGAGAAGCUGCGCUGGGCCUUCAAGCUGUAUGACCUGGACAAUGAUGGAUACAUUACACGGAAUGAGAUGCUGGAUAUCGUGGAUGCGAUUUAUCAGAUGGUGGGAAACACAGUUGAGUUACCAGAAGAAGAGAACACCCCAGAAAAGAGAGUUGAUCGGAUUUUUGCCAUGAUGGACAAGAAUUCAGACGGCAAACUGACCCUACAGGAGUUUCAAGAAGGAUCGAAGGCAGACCCCUCCAUUGUGCAGGCGCUAUCUCUAUAUGAUGGACUGGUAUAGGGACCUCCGGUCACAGCUGUGUGCGCCCUGGGUUUCGGACUUGUGUAACCAGACCACGCCAGUAAUACAGCUUGCCUUCCUCCUAUCCGUCUUCACUCCCAUUUUCGACCGGGGAUGGGACGCCUCUCGAAACCUUCCCCUUUCUCCUUUUCUCGAGUUACCUUCGCCUCGGCUCUGGCAGGCUCCGGUGAGCAGGGAUAGUAUCCACGGCUGCCGGUACCUCCGUGGUCCCCGACGCGCUUCAAUCCUCCGAUUGCCCCGUUUCCCGCCUGCAGCUUCUCGUGUUUUCUUGCACUCGCGGAGGAUUGCUCAUUCGAAAAAGGAAGAACCAGCCCUUCCCUCUCGCUUGAAGACCUACGGGUUGCUGGGUCGCCUUCCCUGAACGUUUCGGGGCUCUUCCACGAUGAUAAAUGAACCGUCCCUUGGGUAGUGGAGGAGGACAUCAUAGAAUGGAGGGUUCCAGAGACUCCAAUGAUGUUUGCGGCUGUUCUUGGGUUAGAAUAUCUCUUAAAAAGGGAAAAAAAGACUAGGCUGGAUCCGUCUGCGUGUAUUUCCAGGCCCUGCAGAGCAUGGCACUCAACGGGUUGGCUCAUUUUACAUGAUGCUGAAUAAUGCUUUUUUUGUGAAUAAGUGUUUUUUUUAUACAUAUAUAUAUAUAUAGCAUAUCUUUUUAUUUAUUUUUAUGUACCUGUGUGUCACAUGCUUUGAUCAGAUGGGUGAGGAAACCAUGUAUCCGUUUAAUUAGCCCCUUGAUUGAUUUUAGCCUCUCCGUACUUCACAAAGUCACACUUCGCCCUAUCUAAAAGGUUCCGAUAUUUUCACGCCUUGUCAAUAAAAAGUGUUCAUUAUAAUAA